GCUGAAGAAGUGCAUCUUCAAAAACCAAGGCUGAGCAUUUCCAGGGACCAAAUCAUCAUCUCACCAGGAGACACCCUGAAAAUUAAAUGCUGGGGAGCCCCGGCUGUGAGCUGGCAGCUGAGGGGGGACAGCCCCCGGGUCCAUGUGAGCCCCUGCCGUGAUGUCCCCGGGCUGGGCUGCAGCCAGCUCACCCUCAGGAGAGCCAUGGCCAACGACACUGGCUACCUCAGCUGUGCCCUCAGCAGCCCUGAGCACCAGGGACCCCUGGCCAGCAUCUAUGUCUUUGUCCAAGACUACAGGAAUCCUUUUGUGGAGAUGCACUCAGAGCACCCUGACAUCAUCUACAUCAUGGAUGAUAAGAAAAUUGUGGUGGUUCCCUGCAGGGUCACCUCACCAGACAUCAGACCCAAGCUCACCCAGUACCCUUCUUCUGCAGAGAUCAGCUUCAGGAAGAUGCAGUGGGACCCCAGGAGAGGCUUUGUCAUCCCCUCCCACUCCUUCGUGCCCUCUGGCAUCCUCAUGUGCUCAGCCCACGUCAAUGGCAGCGUCUUCAACUCCUACUACGUGGCCCAGAGACUGGAGAGCAGAAUACAGAACCUGACCCUGAGGGUGAGUGCCAAGAAGCUGCUGGUUGGAGAAACCCUGAGGCUGGAGUGCAGAGCAGAGACCUUCACCAACGGGCGCAUCGAGUUCACCUGGAGCUGUCCCCGUGGCUCUCACCCUCACCCCAAGAGAACCAUGGACAGGAGUGAUGUUGUGUACAAAGCUGGCAGCAGCCUGAUAAUUGAAAAUGUCACCAUGGAGGAUGGGGGCCUGUACAUCUGCAGGACAUUCAAUGAGACAGAGCCAGUGACCAGGCUGGAGGCCAAUGUCACUGUCACCGUGUAUGAAAAACCCUACAUCACAGUGUCCCACAAGAAAGGACCUUACUACGAGAUCAUCUCAGGACACAAGUCCCUCAAACUGGCUGCCAAGGUGGACGCCUUCCCUCGGCCCAUUGUCACCUGGUACAAGGAUGGCAAACUCAUCAAGGACAACCACACGUGCUAUGAGCCAGACCCACUGAAAUACAGGCUGGGCAUCCGAGAUGUGAGACCAAAACAUGCUGGCAACUACACCAUGGUCCUGAGCAACCCCAAAUACGGCCUCUACAAGAACCUCACCAUGCAGCUGGUGGUGACAGAGAGACCCAAGAUCUAUGAAAAGGAAACAGAUUUUGAUAAGGUUGUGAAGGUGGAGCUGAGAAGCAAACACAAAAUCCAGUGCACAGCAAGUGGGAAUCCUGAGCCCAGGAUCGAGUGGAAGUGGCAGCCCUGCAACCUCACAGACACCCUGUGCAAUCCUGAGGGACCAAAAGUUGUGGUUUGGGAGAACACAGUCAUAGGAAACAAGAUCAGGAGCAUCGAGAACACCCCCGUGAGGCAGGGGGACAAACAGAAGAUCGUGAGCACCCUGACCUUGGAGAACAGCAGUGCCUCGGGCAUCUUUUACUGCGUGGCUUUCAACAAGGUGGGCGAGGAGGAGCGCAGCAUCGAGUUCUACGUGUCAGAUGUGCCCUCUGGGUUGCAAACCCCCUCCCAGGUCACGGCCAUCGUGGGGAACGACGUGCAGCUCACCUGCCGGGCCUCCAGGUACAUCUACACCCACCUGGCCUGGUACUACCCCUCCUCAGAGGCAGCCCCCAGCCACUCUGUGCUCAGGAGGAUGGACAGAUAUUCCAUCUCUUUGACCCUGCUCAUCCCCAACGUGACGAGGGAGCAGAGUGGGCUCUACAAGUGCCGAGCCCAGAACCAGCACAACAGCACGGACACGCUGGAGCAGCAGAGCCAGCUCCUGGUCAGAGCGAAGGCGGCGCCGUUGGUGAUCCAGAACUUCACGGACCUGGAGGUCAACAUCAGCGGCAAGAUCCUGCUGGAGUGCAAGGUCAGUGGGACACCAGAGCCACAGGUCACCUGGAGGAAGAAUGGCUACCCCAUCUCAGCAGCCUCAGGAAUUUCCAUGGAAAACAACACCCUGGUGAUUGAGAGAGUGAAGAAGGAUGAUGAGGGGCUCUAUGAGUGCAGAGCCUCCAAUGACUUGGGCCAGGACAGCACAUCAGCCUUCAUCAAAAUCCAAGGUUCUGAGGAGAAAUCCAACAUUGAGGUGAUCAUUCUGGUGUGCACAGGGCUGGCUGCCACUCUCUUCUGGCUCCUCCUGACCCUCUUCAUUCGCAAACUGAGAAAGCCCGAUGCCACAGAUAUUAAAACAGGAUACCUGUCCAUCAUCAUGGACCCCGAGGAGAUGCCCCUGGAUGAGCAGUGUGACCGCCUGCCCUACGACAGCAGCAAGUGGGAGUUCCCCAGGGACAGGCUGCGCCUGGGUAAAACUCUGGGUCAUGGUGCUUUUGGGAAGGUGGUGGAGGCGUCUGCUUUUGGCAUUGAUAAAUCUUCAACCUGCAAAACAGUUGCCGUAAAAAUGCUGAAAGAAUGUGCAACUACUAACGAAUGCAAGGCUCUAAUGUCUGAGCUGAAGAUCCUCAUCCAUAUAGGACACCACCUGAAUGUGGUCAACCUGCUGGGAGCCUGCACCAAAGCUGGAGGUCCUUUAAUGGUCAUAGUGGAAUAUUGCAAGUAUGGAAAUCUGUCCAACUAUCUCAGAGGGAAACGAGGAGAUUUCAUUGCAUACAAGUCCCAGGAAAACUCUGACCAAGGAGAGAAAAGUCUGGAUGAGUCCAACAGUGAUUUGACUGAACUGAUCAAGAGGCGCCUGGAGAGUGUGGCCAGCACAGGCAGCUCUGCCAGCUCAGGAUUUAUUGAAGAUAAGAGUUACAGUGACUCAGAAGAUGAUGAAGAAGAUGCUGAGGAUCUGUACAAGAGGCCCUUGACUCUGGAGGAUCUGAUCUGCUACAGCUUCCAGGUGGCAAAAGGCAUGGAGUUCCUCGCCUCCCGAAAAUGCAUCCAUCGGGAUCUGGCAGCCAGGAACAUCCUCCUGUCCGAGAACAACGUGGUCAAGAUCUGCGACUUCGGCCUCGCCAGGGACAUUUAUAAAGACCCCGACUACGUCCGGAAGGGAGAUGCACGGCUUCCACUCAAGUGGAUGGCUCCAGAAGCUAUUUUUGACAAAAUUUACACCACGCAGAGUGACGUGUGGUCUUUCGGAGUGCUGCUGUGGGAAAUAUUUUCUCUAGGUGCCUCUCCCUACCCUGGAGUGCAGAUUGAUGAGGAUUUCUGCCGGCGGCUCAAGGAAGGGACGCGCAUGAGAUCUCCAGAAUAUUCCACUCCUGAAGUCUACCAGACCAUGCUGGACUGCUGGCACGGGGUGCCCACGGAGAGGCCAACGUUCACUGAGCUCGUGGAGCGCCUGGGGGAUCUCCUGCAGGCCAACGUGCAGCAGGAUGGUAAAGACUACAUUCCACUGAACAUCACCUUGUGUCCAGAUGGAGAAUCCAACCCCAAAACCUGCCCUGUGGAGGAAAACCUGAACAGUGGAGUGAAUCGCUGGAGUGCAGUGGAAACUGGUAACAACAGCAAGAAGAGACCCCUGAGUGUGAAGACAUUUGAUGAGGUGCCAGUGGAAAAGGAGAAAGUGAUGCAUGAGGAGUCUGACAGUGGGAUGGUGCUGACCUCAGAUGAGAUAAAAAGCCCCAAGAGGUUGGAAAUCCGUUCCUGGCCCUAUGGGAUCAUGGCUCUGGCGCGGAGAGCUGUCAGCAGGAGCAAGGAAUCCAUCCUGUGUGACCACGAGACUGUCAAGUACCAGCCAGCAGUGCAGGUGGAAGAGGACACCAUGGACUUCCCCCUGGAGGACUCUGUCCUGCUCCCCAUGGAUCCCAACCUGGAAUGCCACAGCCCUCCUCCGGAUUACAACUCUGUCAUCCACUACUCAGCGCCCCCAGUUUAACCAGUGCCCCCAGCACUGGCUGCACCUCAGCCUUGCCAGCUUCUCCUGUGCCCCCAGGGAGCCUGGGUCCAACAGAAGGGAAUUCUGCUGGGAUAAAGCUUCACCUGUUUCUUCUGGCACAUCUCAGACGUGAUUAGAAACAAUUUAAGAGCAUCUUCUCUCUUCUCUUUAAAGGCCUAUUGCAAGAUCUGCAGUGAAUUGAUAACAUUCUGUCUGUCAGAGUCCUGGCAGGAGCUGUAACCCUGAGCUGCUGCCACUCCUUCCAACCCCACAGUUCCCAUUUCACUCCACGAGGGUCAUGCCAAGCAGGUUGGGAACACCAGAUUCAAUCUGCUGGCCCUGACACAUCCUGCAGGGAUUGGAAGGGAUCUGUUGAAAACAGCAGAUGAAUGUUUUGGGCUUGGAGAAAAGCUGAAAUUGAAACACCCUUCCUAAUUUGGGAUUUCACCUCCUGUAAAUAUUUCUGAAAUAUUUUGCAAUGCAAGCUAUUUUGGUUAAUUUGGAUUUAGUAAUUUCCACUGCCCAGAGGAUACACUCCUAAAGAUGGCAUGGCCCAGAGCAAGCUGGUAGUGCUCGUGUGCCUGCUCUUUUGGGCCAGCAGGGCACACACUGUGCUUAAAUCUCCUGCCCUGGGCUUUCCCCUUGUUCAAACAGUUUGUUCUGCAGACAUGCAAUAGGGAACCUUGCUGGAGAUGCAUCUGUAAUGGCUGCAAGGCAAAAUCAGUGCCUUAAGUAAGAGCCUUCUCAACUCAAACAGAAUUUCCCAGCUCACACACACACACAUUUGUGUGAAUGUGCAGAAAACUCUCAUUACCAGCACGAGAGUUACACAAAAACUCACCCAUACCCUUGAGGCAGCAAUUUUUAUGUUUCCUUUCUGCUCACAGGCUAUUCACUAAAACACCACACAAAACAAAAAAAAAGCAUUUCCUCUGGAUUCUGUGGCCCAAGGGUUUGACCCUGGGGAUACUCUCCCUGCUAAGCUGCAAGCCCAUGUGACACACAUUUAUCUCUGACUGUCUUGCCAAGGUAAAUAUUGGUAUCAUAUGCAAAGCCCUUCCUGGGUUCAGGGUAAUUCAAAGCUUUUGUUGCAGCAGGACUGAAAGGAUUGAAAUUCUCAAAUGUGAGACAUUCACAGUGGGUUUGGCCCUGCCCCAGAGCUCUGUGGGGCAGGGACUGUUACAGGGGUGCCCAGUGUGCCCUGUGCAUCAUCACAGCAGCCUCACAAAUCAGUAAAUUAUCCUUGGCCUUUCAUGUGCUCUCUAACAAUCAGAGUUGGCUUUGAAAUUUAGGAAGGGAAAGGUCUCCAGGUUGCAAGGAGAAAAAGGCAGGAUGAGAUGCUGACUAACAGGGAGGGCUGUAACCUCCUGAGUUAAACUGAUCAUAAAUGGCUCCCUGUGCAGUUCCUCCAAGCUCUGCACAACCCUUUCCUUUUCUUCCUUGAUUUGACUUCUUCAGCAGAAAAAGAAUUUUCCUUCAUGAUUCAGACUAGAGGAGGAUGAAAUCAAGCCCUGCAAAACGAUGAUGUUACCUUGGCAAAGACAGCUGCACACCCUCACAGCAGCAGAGGAGGUUUUCUGCAUGAGUGCUUGCAGUGGGCUAUGCUGAAGGAAUCACAAACAAGCCUCAGGUAUUAUCAAAGGGGAAAACAAAUCUCCAAACCCCACACCACGUUUAACUGUGAACUCUCAAGCAUCUGAAGGAUGGGCUCUGGGGAACUGCACUGCUUCUUCUCCUGGACUUCAGAGUCACUUGUGAAUCAGCUGCAGUCCCUCCAGAGCCCCCUGCUCGUAGUGCACCUGCUAGAUAGGUGUGGGCUGUAGUUGCUUUAUGGUCAUUUUGCACUGCUUUGUAUUUUAGUAUCUAUGUAUUAAGUAGAGCUGGUCAUAGAAGAGAAGAAACUACUGGGAAAGAAUUCUGAUGAGCCCCAGGAAGCUCAUUGGGUUGGUUUUUCAUCAAACACUAUUAGCUAUCUAUAGCUCUGAUUAAGUAAUCAAUCAGUUCUUGUGGAAAUAAAUUACUGAUGAGGCAAAGGAAAAGAAGGUGCAGACAGUGUGUGUGGCUCUGCUCUUGAUGGCCUCAGCUGGAGAUGUUUGUUACUGCACCUUGAGCUGGAGGGUGAGAAAACAGCCUUGAAAAACCUUCACUUAGGAACUUGGAAAUGUAGGAAGGAAGCCUGCACGUGUGCUCUGUGUUUUGAGGAGGAAUGGGUGAACUGAGCACGUGGCCUGUCCUUCUCUGAAGGAUGAGCAGAGGCACAGAGAACGUUUGGGGAGCAGGACCCAGCAGGGCCCUCCUGGCUCUCAGUAACCACCAUCAGCCUUUCUGUGCCACCUGAGGUGGUGGAACAGGCACAGGCUGCUGUGCUGCAGAUGUUUAAACCCCUGGUUGCACUGACAGCCCCAGAACUGAGGGCUCCUCUGCAGUGGCAAAUCGAGAACGUCGUGAGCAAAUCCAGCGAUGGAAGGGACUGAUGGAUGUUUGGGCAGCUGUUUCAAUGUUAAUGAGUGAAAGAUUUUAUCCUCCUUAUAGUAAAUGUAACAAGCAAAAGUAUUGCCUGAAAAGUAUUAUUGAACAUAUUCUAUUUUAUUUACUAAUAUUUUGUUUGUCCUUCUCUCACCUCCCUUAAUUUAAUUAUUGUUCUCUUCUUCCAACGAUGUAUAUAGUGUACCCUGUAGCAACAAAUAUAGUCAUUCAUUUAUAUGGUAAAAUUUGUAACAUUUUAGUCCAGAGGGAAAGAAAUACCCAGAUGUAACAGAGUUAAGUAUUGUACUAAACAUUUCACUAAUGCUUGCAGGCCAGGCUCCAGUUUACAGUGCCCCACUAGUGCCAUGGCACAGCAGCUCUCUUGGCUGGGAGUGUCUCUGCCUCUCACUUCUUCUCCACAUUAUUUAGUUUCAGUCAGGAAACAGGAAUCUGGAGGAAUUUGGCAGGUUUAUCUCAUUCCUGGAAGCAUCACCACGUGCAGCUCGUGUUAAAGGUGAGGGAUUUCCACUGCCUGGGUUUUAAUUGGAGGCUGGUGGAUUGGCUAGAGGAUCAGAAGGGGUGAAUUGUUUAAAUGAUGUGAUGUUUAUUGUUUUUUCAGACUUCUCAGGGAUUCUUACUCAACUCCUGUCUGCCAUCUGCUUUCUCUAACCUGAGCUCAGUGGGAUCUGUAUUAACAUGUACUUUUGUUUCCUUUGAUAGUGCUCACUCCUGGUUCUGUGCUUCUGGGAGCCCAGAGAAUCAGGGCAAAGGAGCUCAGAGCUCUCCAUGGAAUUGUGUUGUCUCUUCUCCAACAAUCACCUCCCACUUGGGAGUCCAAGUGCCUUCACCUGCAUGUUCUUGUUUAGGCUGGUGGUUGUACCAAUCUCCUGUCUCCUCUUUUCUCUACUUUUCUUAUUAUUUGCUCUCCCAGUCUCUUUGGACUGCUUUGCUCUGCCUUUUCCAUAAGAUCAGGUAUAGGAUCAUUUCACUGCUGUUUAUCCUGUGCUUGCAGAGGCUGAACUAGAUAAUCUAAAGUGAGAUUUUCACAUUAAACCCUCAAUAUAUAGCCAAGGAAAACUAGUUUGUAUUAGUUUGUCAGGAAGUCUCUUUGUGUCCUUCCCUGAAUGGGAGAAGCUUUUUAAUCUACUGAUUUUUCAAUAUUGGUGUCUGGAGCAAAAUGGAGGCUGGUGACUGUGUGAGUCUGAUCCUUCCCAGAGUCCUUUCCUCAAGCAAGGAGGUUUCUGUAAGGUUCUCCCAGGUUAUCCCCACAAAAAGGGCAUCCCUAGCAAGAUGCAUCCCAGUUAUCUGCUUGGGAUGUCAAGGAAGUCAGCUAAAACUCCAAGUCUGAGUAAAGGUGUCAAACAAACCCCUGAGUGCUGCAGUGAACACUCAGGGAUCCUGCAGCCCUCAGCUGCUGUGUUUGACAUCCCAGUGACACAUCCCUCCCUGCACUCACCUGCUUGGCAAAUCCCAGGAUCCCCCAGAGUCCCCAGGGGUUUUUCUCACUGGGUUUUCUCUCCUGUACACUGCAGGAAUAUCAGCUGCCAUGUCAGCCUGGAACUGGCCAGGCUGGCUCUGAUUUAUCCCCUCACUGAUCCUUCAGGUCCUGCCUCACUUUGCAGAUUCCAUCUGGCCUGUCCCAGCUCUGGGCUGCAGGAUCCUAAAUCCCAGCAGCACCAAGGGAACACACCAGGAACUGUUUGCAAGCAAGUAACUACAGAGCAAGAUAAGCAUUAUCAGGUUUCCCUGAACACAGGAACUGCUCAGGAUCAGUAUCACACUCACAGAUCAGCCUAGAGGUUUUUUCUUAUCACACAGUGAAUGAAAACACAAAAGGCAGCAAUAAUUCCUUUUUUUCUCCCUGAAAAUAUAAUGGCCAAAUGCUGGGAUCCAUUUUCCUGGGUUUGUACUACACCACAAAAGAACAGAAUUUUGCCAAAGUUAUGGCACCAGCACCAUCUUACUCAAGUGAAAUUGAGGGAGGAAUUUGGGAUUUGGCCCAAGCAGUGUAGGGGACUAUGCAGGUGUUGAACCCAAGCACUAGAUGGUUUGUUUGACAUUGUUAUUUCCAUUUUUGUGAACAAAGAAUGGAAAAGUUGCUGGCCUGGGUCAGCUGGGACCACAAGGGUUACAGGGAGAGCAAUGUGGGAUGCACUGAGCAGUGUCCUGUUCUCCUGGCAGCACUCAAUUCAUUUUUCCUUAGACCUUGAGUUGUCAAAGCAGCCACUGAAAACUGGGAAAAAAGAGAGUAACUUGGGACCUACAGAAAUAAACUAAGGAAAACUGGGAAAAGCUAGGAACUUGGGACUUCCAGAAAUAAACCAAGUGCCAUGUUCAAACCACCAAGGAAUGUUUGUCUGCCGUGUUCCUGUCUGUCUGAGGAAUGUAUGCACUGAAAACAACGCUUUCUUAUGUAGUCAAAAAUUGUACUGUAUCUAUUAACCAAAAAAAUAAAAAGAUUCUAUAUUUAUACA